UUUAAGCGCUAUAAUAAAUUAUUAUCCUAUUAUAAUAUUAUUAAUAUGUGCCGUCAGCACAUCGCUUUUUUAGUUGUACUCCAUAUUUGGCAUGACGAAAUCAUAACAAUUUCUUAUUCGAAUAUUGUAAUACAUUAAUCAAUCAGUCAGUACAGGGUACUCAAACAAUUGUGACGUGUCGUAAAUAAAUAUAUAUUAUUCCUUCGGUCUUUGACUAUUGGCUAGCCUCAUACCUGGAUCCGUCUCUCUAUAACAUACGCCUCAGUAUCUCAAGAUAGUCUACACGCCAAAGUGGUGAUCCCGACGUGAUCUGAGGUCCGACGUGAUUUUUUAAAGAUUCCGGCUGCUUCUAACUACUGACUCGCAAGAAAGCAACAAUGAGUAUCCCAGUCGCGCAGCAGAGCAGAUGUGCAACUCAUUCAGCAUCUCAGAACGACGCUGUGGAGCUUGCCUCAGUGACGGUCUCGUCAAGGAUACCGGAUUUCUGGCACGAUCAGCCAAGGUUGUGGUUUGUGCAGUGUGACGCGAUUUUAGGACCACAAAAACUGAAUGACGAAACGAAGUUUAACCGCAUCGUCAGUAAAUUAAGCAAAGAUGUUAGUGAUAUCCUUUUGAGUCAACCGAAGAUAAAGAAAUUCGAAACUUUGAAAAACCGAUUGUUGGAAGUGUAUGAGGAAUCGGAAACCAGCAAAUUGCAAAAAUUAAUUAGCGGUAUGGAUCUAGGUGAUCAAAAGCCUUCGCAGCUUUUGCGUCGAAUGAGAGAUCUAGCGCGUGGAAAAAUAUCGGACGACACGCUUCUCAACAUGUGGCAAGGUCAUCUUCCUGCUUCGGUUCGAGCUGUCUUAGCUGUAAGUGAAGUUAAAGACCUCGAAAAAUUAGCUGCUAUGGCCGACAAAGUGAUGGAAACCUCUAGACCUGCAAAUAUUUCCGCGAUUCAAACACCUGGUUCGAGUGAUAACGCAUUUAUUUUAGCUGAGAUCGCUAAAUUAAGCUUGCGCAUACGUGAUAUGGAGAGUAGGUCAAGGCAGAGAAAUUUAAGCAAUAGUAUGCUAAAACGACGCCGUUCAGUCUCGCGAGAGCGUAAUACAAUACGCCGUAUGCCCGAAAGUGCUGAUUGGCUAUGUUAUUAUCAUCAUAGGUUUCAUAGUCGCGCAAAGAAAUGUAUAGAGCCGUGUUCGUGGAAAAAAGACAAGAAUUCGGGAAACUAGAAGUGGUGCCAUCGCCGGCGGAGAUAUGCACCAUCACUCCUUCUCACCGCCUUUGUGUUACUGAUAGUAAGAGUGGACUCAGAUUUUUAGUGGACACUGGUGCGAACAUUUCCGUGUUACCUUAUAUUAAGAAACUAUUUAGUGAUAAUAAAUGUGAUAAUUAUAAACUAUAUGCCGCAAACGGUAGUGAAAUGAAAACGUAUGGUAGUAAGACUCUAGAUUUAGAUUUUAAUUUUCGAAGGCCUUACCGUUGGACUUUUGUGAUGGCCGACGUAAAGCAACCGAUAUUAGGUGCAGAUUUUUUAGGUUAUCAUAAGUUAUUAGUAGAUAUUGACAAAUUGACAUUAAAUACUCAGCAAUCAGU